AUGUCCAGCAAUAAUUCGUUAUCGGUCUCGGACUGGCCUUGCACCCUCAAGAUACUUUCGAGUAAUGUAGACGAAGCGGUGUACCACCGCAGUCACGUAGAAAAGGAUCAAGAGUAA